AUGGCCAAGGUUUCUGUGCUGAACGUGGCGGUGCUGGAGAAUCCGAGCCCUUUCCACAGCCCCUUCCGGUUCGAGAUCAGCUUCGAGUGCAGUGAGGCCCUGGCGGACGACCUAGAGUGGAAGAUCAUUUAUGUUGGCUCAGCGGAGAGUGAGGAGUUUGAUCAAAUCCUAGACUCCGUGCUGGUUGGGCCUGUUCCAGCAGGGAGACACAUGUUCAUCUUUCAGGCUGACGCCCCCAACCCAUCCCUCAUCCCCGAGACCGAUGCCGUGGGUGUGACCGUGGUCCUCAUCACCUGCACGUACCACGGACAGGAGUUCAUCCGUGUGGGCUACUAUGUCAACAACGAAUACCCCAAUCCCGAGCUGCGGGAGAACCCACCCCUGAAGCCAGACUUCUCUCAGCUCCAGAGGAACAUCUUGGCCUCGAACCCCCGCGUGACCCGCUUCCACAUCAACUGGGACAACAACAUGGACAGUCUAGAAGCCAUAGAGAACCAGGACCCUGCCCUGGGCUGUGGCCUCCCCCUCAGCUGUGCUCCCAUCAAGGGCUUGGGUCUCCCUGGCUGCAUUCCUGGCCUCCUCCCCGAGAAUUCCAUGGACUGCAUCUAA